AGACGGCGGCCAGGUCGCGCCGCGAGCGAGCUUCCGCGCCGCCCGCACGCGCGACCUACCUGGGCGCCCCGCGCCCCCGGAUGCUGCAGGUUACUCAACGAUAGUUAUGACCUCCCGGUUACGCGCGUUGGGUGGAAGAAUUAAUAACAUACGCACCUCCGAGUUACCCAAAGAGAAAGCUCGAUCGGAAGUCRUCUGCAGCAUCCGCUUUUUAGAUGGCUUGGUCCAGACCUUUAAGGUUAACAAACAAGACACUGGCCAGUCGCUGCUGGACAUGGCAUACACCCACCUGGGCGUGACUGAAAAGGAGUAUUUUGGUUUGCAGCAUGGCGGCGACUCGGUGGACUCCCCCAGAUGGCUUGAGUCAAGCAAACCCAUCAGGAAGCAGUUGAAAGGAGGUUUCCCCUGUACCCUGCAUUUUCGAGUAAGAUUUUUUAUACCUGAUCCCAACACACUGCAGCAAGAACAAACCAGGCAUCUGUAUUUCUUACAACUGAAGAUGGAUGUUUGUGAAGGAAGGUUGACCUGCCCUCUGAACUCUGCUGUGGUUCUUGCAUCCUAUGCAGUACAAUCUCAUUUCGGAGACUUUGAUUCUUCCGUACAUCAUCCAGGCUACCUUGCUGACAGCCAGUUUAUUCCAGAUCARAACGAUGACUUUUUAACCAAGGUGGAGUCUCUGCACGAGCAGCACAGUGGGCUGAAGCAGUCGGAAGCCGAGUCCUGCUACAUCAACAUAGCCCGGACCCUCGACUUCUACGGGGUGGAGCUGCACGGCGGCAGAGAUCUGCAUAAUUUAGAUCUAAUGAUUGGAAUUGCUUCAGCGGGCAUUGCUGUGUACCGAAAAUACAUUUGCACAAGUUUCUAUCCUUGGGUGAACAUUCUCAAAAUUUCUUUCAAAAGGAAAAAGUUCUUCAUCCAUCAGCGACAAAAACAGACUGAAUCCAGGGAACAUAUCGUGGCCUUCAACAUGCUMAAUUACCGGUCUUGCAAAAACUUGUGGAAAUCCUGUGUCGAGCACCAUACCUUCUUUCAGGCAAAGAAGUUACUACCUCAGGAAAAGAAUGUUCUGCCUCAGUACUGGACUCUGGGCUCCAGGAACCCCAAAAAGUCUGUAAAUAACCAAUAUUGCAAAAAGGUGAUUGGAGGAAUGGUGUGGAACCCUGCCAUGYGGAGGUCCUUAUCAGUGGAGCAUCUAGAAACCAAGAGCCUGCCUUCCCGGUCCCCUCCUAUCACCCCCAACUGGCGAAGUCCUCGGCUCCGGCACGAGGUCAGGAAGCCCCGCCACUCCUCUGCUGAUAACUUGGCCAAUGAGAUGACGUACAUCACGGAAACCRAAGACGUGUUCUACACCUACAAGGGCUCCCUGUCCCCCAAAGACAGCGAUUCCGAAGUUUCUCAGAACCGCAGCCCACACCGAGAGAGUCUGUCCGAGAACAAUCCAGCACAAAGCUGCCGGACCCAGAAGUCRUCCAGUUCUGUGUCUCCGUCUUCAAAUGCUCCAGGCUCCUGCUCACCUGAUGGGGUCGAUCAGCAGUUUUUAGAGGACUACAACAGGGUGACCAAGGGAGGGUCCACUGAGGACGCCAGCCAGUACUACUGUGACAAGAAUGAUAAUGGUGACAGCUACUUAGUCUUGGUCCGUAUCACACCGGAUGAAGAUGGAAAAUUUGGAUUUAAUCUUAAGGGUGGAGUGGAUCAGAAGAUGCCUCUUGUGGUCUCAAGGAUCAACCCCGAGUCACCUGCGGACACCUGCAUUCCCAAGCUGAACGAAGGGGAUCAGAUSGUGUUGAUCAAUGGCCGGGACAUCUCCGAGCACACCCACGACCAGGUGGUGAUGUUCAUCAAAGCCAGCCRGGAGUCCCACUCGAGGGAGCUGGCCCUGGUGAUCAGGAGGAAAGCUGUCCACUCAUUCACCGAGAUCAAAUCUGAAGAUGAACUGAACCAGCUUUUCCCAGAACCCAUUUUCCCCAUGUGUCCGGAGGGUGGGGACACUUUGGAGGGAUCCAUGGAACUGCUAAAAAAAGGCCUUGAAAGCGGGACGGUGCUGAUCCAGUUUGAGCAACUCUACCGAAAGAAGCCAGGUUUGGCCAUCACAUUUGCAAAGCUGCCUCAAAAUUUGGACAAAAACCGAUAUAAAGAUGUGCUGCCUUAUGACACCACCCGGGUAUUAUUGCAGGGAAAUGAAGAUUAUAUUAAUGCAAGUUACGUGAAUAUGGAAAUUCCUGCUGCUAACCUUGUGAACAAGUACAUUGCCACUCAGGGACCCCUGCCACAUACCUGUGCACAAUUUUGGCAAGUCGUCUGGGAUCAGAAGUUAUCUCUAAUUGUCAUGUUGACAACUCUCACAGAGCGAGGGCGGACCAAAUGUCACCAGUACUGGCCCGACCCCCCUGACGUCAUGGACCACGGCGUCUUUCAUAUCCAGUGUCAGACAGAGGACUGCACCAUCGCCUACGUGUCCCGAGAAAUGCUGGUCACAAACACAGAGACUGGGGAAGAGCACACGGUGACACAUCUCCAGUAUGUCGCAUGGCCSGACCACGGUGUGCCCGAUGACUCCUCGGACUUUCUGGAGUUUGUGACCUACGUGAGGUCCCUGCGGGUGGACGGGGAGCCCCUCUUGGUUCACUGCAGUGCUGGAAUAGGUCGGACUGGCGUGUUGGUCACUAUGGAAACAGCCAUGUGCUUAAUUGAGAGAAACUUGCCUGUUUACCCCYUGGAUAUUGUCCGGAAAAUGCGAGAGCAGCGCGCCAUGAUGGUGCAGACGUCCAGCCAGUACAAGUUCGUGUGUGAAGCGGUUCUUCGCGUGUAUGAAGAAGGCUUAGUCCAGAUGCUGGAUCCCAGUUAGGACGACUGUGAAGCGUUCAUCCCUGGAUCCCGAGGGCAUCUUCCCUAGGAGAGCAGGACACACCUUCCUCCAGAGGCGGGAGAGGAACCGCCAGCUGUGGGGAAGGGAUGAGCACAUUUGAACCCAGGCACUUUAAAUUUUCUAGGAAAGGGAUCCUGUACACAGGAACUGGUGUAGAUAUGCAUGCAASUGUGGCUUCCUUUAGGCCCAGAGAGAAAUAAAAAGGGAUCCCAGUUUGGACCUUCCUCCCCAGACAUCACCACCCCACUGUUGGCCACCCUUGUCCUUACAAGAGGGGCCGGCAGCCGUGCUCCUGACCUCCCCAGAAGCUGGACAGCAUGGUUCUGGAAGGCUKCGUGGUGUUCUGUGUGUUGAUCUGGGUAGGACUCUGAGGGCUGAGCUUCCUGUGCGUCCAGGCAGGGCUGGAGCAAUGCACAGUCCCACCCCGGUGCCAAGGAAGCCCUGGUGAACGUCCCACACACCGGGUGGUGGCCAUUCAGGCUGAAGGACAAGCAGCGCCCUGCCUUGGUCUCAGCUCCAUGCCCCUUGCAAUCUGCAAAGCAC